AUUUUGAUGUGUCGGCAUUUUGAAUUUCGAUAUUUUAAGUGUAUCCCGUAGGAAUAAGGGCAGACAAGAUAAAAUAUUUUUCACAUGUCGGCAUUUUGGUUUGUCGGUUUUUCGGCCGCAGGGCCUCGAAGAAACAACGCCACCUUUUUAGGAUUUGUCGGUAUUGUGAUUUGUCGGUAUUUUGAUUUGUCGGUAUAUUGACUGUCGGGUUUCUAAAUUUCGAGAUUUUGAUUGUCAGCAUUACGUUAUACACCCUUGAAAACAAUUUAUUUGUUUAUUUUUAGUAUUUACUCAAUAAAAAAAACUGAACUUGUUUACGCAAAGAAAUGUAAAGUGCGUCUGUGUCAGUGAAAGGCAACCGAAAACGCACGUGAUGGCCAUAGACAUUUCUUUAAUUUUCGAGUGUACAGUUAAUUUUUCGCAAACCAAUCAACUAUGAGCAAAUAUUUUUCGAACAAGUUUCGAACUUUGAUAAGAAAAGAAUUUUGGACAAUAGGAGCAAGUAUGAUUAUAAAUAUAAUAAUUUAUUAAAAAAAAAAGAACGAUGGUGCGUCUAACCUAACACCAGCAGUGUAUAUCGGAUUAGUUUUAGGUUUUACAAACAGCCGUUAGGUGAACAAUCAAGUAUCAAACUGUGUGUUGCAACAUGUUGAGAGAGUAUAAAAAUUAAAUAUUGCAAUGUAAAUGUGCAAUUAUGAUAUUAUUGUUGAAAACUCAUUGUUCUAGUUUCUAGAAACUGUUCAGAUACAAUGGCAUGAUUAAUGAACUCAUGGGUGUAUUAGAUAAUUCAACAAAUAAGUUGUACCCUUAUUUGUUCUUUCUCUUUCUGUACCAACGAAAUUAGAGAUGUACAAGAGUUUGGAAUCGUUGGUGCGAGGGAGAAGACCAUUUAGAAAGAUUUUAUCAUGACUUUUUGGAGAGCGUUAGUGAUUUCAAAAUAGUCUACUUAUAUUUCGCGCAUCAGCUGGCAUACUUAUUUAGAUUAAUAAAUUUUUUCAUUAAAAUAUGUAAGCAAUUCAAUUUGGUUUGGAAAAUAUAACAAGCAAUUACCAAAACGAAAAAUGUUGGGAUUACUGAAUUGCUACAAUCGCUAAGUUGCGCGCCUUGUAUCACAUUGUUCUAACAAAAUGAAGUUGGGAACUUUUCCUGCAGUUAUCACUGGAUUCUAUAUUCUUAUUCAAUUUACAUCGGUUUUUGCAUAUAUAAAGUAUACGAAUGUGAAGUGUGUGAACUACGAUAAAAGCUUCGCGGAAUCCCGACAAUGCGAGCUUGAAGUUUUGUCCCACAAUAAAGUCGCAUUUUUCCUUCACAUUCAUUUUUUGCAAUUGCCCAUAAAUAACAUCAGCGGGAACUUACACGUUUAUAGAAAGGCGAAUGGCUAUCGUCCUAUUUUGUUUAAUUAUUCAACAGAUUUUUGUAAGUUUAUGAAAUACAAGAAGCGAGUACCUUUUGGCAAAUUAAUUAUUGAAAUGUUGCAAUUAUAUCAUCACCUAAUCAUUAAGAAUUUUGUGCUCAAGACAGAACAUCUUCAAUCACUACCUAUGCCAACUGGUGAAUACCUUUUGCGAUUUUUGGUUGGAUUCUAAAAUGUUUGGAAAUAUAAAAUCGAGACAUAUGUAUAUUGGCUUGUCAAAAAAGUUUUGCGGUAUUUUUGCUAGUUGGCGCUGAAAGCGCGUAGUUCUAGUUUUAUUUGUCGCAUUCGUGAGUUAUAGCGUCGCAAACAUGGAGCAUCGAUUAAAUAAAGAGAAAAUACGGCAUAUUUUACAGUACUACUACGAUAAAGGCAAAAAUGCAUCUCAAGCCGCCAAUAAAAUUUGUGCAGUUUAUGGACCCGAUACAGUUUUCAUUUCCACUGCAUAGCGAUGGUUUCAACGUUUUCGUUCUGGUGUAGAGGCGGUCGAAGAUGCGCCACGCUCCGGAAGGCCUGUCGUCGAAAAUUGCGAUAAAAUCGCUGAAUUGGUCGAAAGAGACCGGCAUAGUAGUCAUCAAACCGUUAUAAACCAUUUGAAGAAGCUUGGAGUCACUAAG